AUGCGGUUCACUCAAUCGAUCGCCGCGGCUGUUCUUGCCUUCGUGGCUGCCACCACAGCCGUGUCUGUCCCUAGCACAGAUACGAAAGAAAUCCGGGCUACUAAGCCAUUGGUUGAGUCAAACAAACUCCGCCGGGUAAUGACUCGUUCCGCCCUCCUCGCCAAAGCAAACAAACUCCAAGAAAUCGCCUACGCUUCACCUGGUCGCAACCGGUUGAUCGGUACUAAAGGCCACGAAGGCAUUGUUGCUUGGAUCACUAGUAUCUUAGAUCAGUACCCUGAUUAUUAUACGUAUUACCUGCAACCACUUUCGCUGUCCGUCGGUGCGGGCGCGAAUUUGACGCUUGGUGGUGUCGUGGUUCCGGAUACUUUUGCCGUGGAUUUGGCUCCCGCAGGGACAGUUUCUGCGCCUGUAAUCUCGAUCGCUAAUUUGGGUUGUGAUUCGACCGAUUUCCCUGCCGAGACAACCGGCAAGAUCGCCCUCGUCUUCCGUGGAAGCUGUGUAUCCGGCACCAAAGCCCACAAUGCAUUCCUCGCCGGUGCCGUUGGUAUGAUCGUCUACAACAAUGAUGUUGGCACACUUGAAGGCUACUCACUCCAGAACCUUCCAGCUGAUGGAGGUCCAUAUGUUCCUACUGCUGGAAUCACGCAAGAUGUGGGACUCGCCCUUAAGGCUCGCCUUGCUGCUGGUGAGCAGGUCGUUGCGAAGUUUACGACGAAGACGAAUGAUAUUAUUACCAAUAAUAUCAUUGCUGAGACGAUCGAGGGAGAUCAUGAUAAUGUAAUCCAUAUCAGCGGUCACUCUGAUUCUGUUGCAGCUGGCCCAGGAAUCAACGACAAUGGUAGUGGCACUAUCUCCAUCCUCGAAGUCGCCAUCCACCUCACAGCUUUCAGCGUCAACAACGCCGUACGUUUCAGUUGGUGGACAGCCGAAGAAUCCGGCCUCCUCGGAGCAUCUUACUACGUCACUCACUCCAGCCAAGAAGACCUCGAUAAGAUCCGUUUGAUGUUGGACUUCGACAUGAUGGCCUCGCCCAACUACGCCUUCCAAGUCUACGACGGCGACGGAUCCGCAUACGGCGAGUCCGGCCCUCCUGGUUCAGCUGAGGCAGAGCAUGAAUUCGAGCGCUUCUUCGUUGAGGAGAUGGGCGAGAACUUCACACAGAUCGAGUUCGACGGACGUUCGGACUACGGCCCAUUCCUAGAGGCUGGUGUAGCGACUGGAGGGAUCGCGUGUGGUGCUGAGGGUGUCAAGACGGUAGAGGAGCAGGCGAUGUUUGGUGGUGUGGCGGGGGAGUGGUAUGAUAAGAAUUAUCACCAGGUGGGCGAUACGAAGGAUAAUCUGAAUGUCGGAGCGUGGAUUGUGAUGACGAAGGCGAUUGCGCAUAUGACUGCGACGUUUGCGAGGAGUUUUGAGCUGUUGCCGGAGAAUACCCCGGCGAAUAAGUUGAAGAGGAUGGAGCAUGCGAAGAGGAUGAGUGCGAAGGCUGUGGGGAGGGAGUGGGGUAUCUAA